GGGUGAUAAGAAGAAACGUGGUGGGUCGCGCGCGAGAAGUUCGUGCCGGCAAACGACGUCGGUUCGAAAGUUCGAAAACACCGGUGCUGGCUGCUGCCAAAGGAGAACGUGUUCGACGUCGCGCUGGAACGCCGUCGACUGGAAAUGAAUCCGGUGUUGGUGGUGCCCCGCGGCUAUUGCGAUCUGCGCGUCGAACGUCUGAACGACAGUCUCGUCGACGCGUACGUCGAACAUGGGUAUAGUUUUAUCGCUGUAAACACUGUAGUGAACUGUUCAACUCUAGGUAUUGGAACCUCAAAUAGGAAGAAAAGAAAACUUGGAGAAUGUAACAGUGAAAAGGAAGAAGAAAAAGAAUGCAUACCUGUUCCCAUGAAUACAAAUUGUAAUAAUUCAAAAUUGACCGUACUUAGUCGAUUAACAGUACAAAUAUCAAAUUUUGGACAAAUACAAAAAAUUGUGAAUUCUACAAACUUUAAAUUGUAUCAUAUUUUUGCAGUAGAACCAUUAAAUGACAACAUUAUUCAGGAAUUAGUGACUUCCCCAUAUGUUGACAUAAUAACUUGUAAUUUAACAAUAAAAAUUUCUCCAAAAGAUUACAGAAAUGCAGUUGCUAGAAGAAUACAUUUUGAAGUAUUGUACGGACCAAUGCUAAUGAAUUAUAACAUUCGUCAAGAUACUAUAACUUUAGCUCAUAUGCUUUAUAUUAAAGGAAAAUCAAAAAAUGUUAUAUUUUCAAGUGGAGCUGUUCAUAAAUUUGAUAUACGUAAUCCUCAUGAUGUUAUGAAUUCAACCAUUUUACUAGGCCUUUCCCAGAAACAAUCGAAACAAGCAAUUACCCAAGCAUGUCAUUCAGUUAUUUUAAAAUGUUAUGGGCGAAGGUUGGGAAGAUCUGCAUUUAAUAUGAUCCCAAUGAAAAACAAUUGUUAAGAAAAUGUCUGUCUGCAAUUUAUGAAAUAAACUUUAUUCUUAACUAA